CUCGAAAAAUAUAAAUUAUUUAGAAAGAUUUGACGUUACGAAUGCAUUUACAUAUAUAAAUUAAUUGCAAAAUUGAAUGUACUUAUAUAUCCAUGUACAUUUCGCAGAAAGAAGUACAAAUUUUUUAAUUUUCACAUGCUAAGAUGUCGUAACAUUUUGCUAUACUAGAUGGUGCUAGCGUCGCGGUAACUUUGACAGAACUUAUAAUUUUAAUAAAUCUUUCGUCUCAUUUGCUCGUGAAAGAAAUCAUUCGUCCAUCGAGUAAUUUGUUCGGCAUACAGUUUUCGUAACGUUUAUUUACUUGCUUUGCUGUGUUUUGUGAACAAAACUACAAAUUUCAAUUCGUACCGUGUUUAGUGAUGACGUGAGUAAAAGUGAAUCGUGCGAACGCAAUACAAUGGAUCGGUGUACAAUAUUCAAUGCUGGUAAUGGGCGAUGUUCUCGUUAAGACAAAAGGCUCGUCCUUCACACAUUAGUAGAGCAUCAUUGUGCAAACAAGCUGUUAUCUACACGUAAUGUUAGAGGUGAUUAUUGUAAUGCUAAUAGCGUUACACUGCAUGUAAGUAAGGCGAGCUCGCGCUCAAACAUACUCUCACUGCGCCAAGCAGACGUUUACUAACUCUUGAUGGUGGUGGGUUCUAUCGCUUGCUGUAACCAGUACUACAGCUUACUAAUCGACAAACAACCAUGGCUAAUGUAAAGAGUAGAUUAAAAGCACCCAAAAGUGCAUCUACAAAGAAGAAGACGGGACUAAGUAAAGUAAAAAAAUCCUCAGGUCCCAAAGAGUUGUUGAAGAAUGAUAAUGUGGUGAUGAGGAGGCCGUGCAACCGUAAGAUCUUGACCGCUGAUGAAAAGGUCAAAUUCUUGUUGAAACAUGGACAUAUGCUCAAAGAGAAGUUUAUAGCUAAACCACCGGUGAAUGUGAAGCCUCCCUCGCCUAUUAAAACACCAGGCGUUUCUAAGAAAAAACAUAACAGCAAUCAUCCCAUGAUAGCAAAAAGCGGUCAUCUUAAAAAGAAUGCCAAAUGCAAUAUGAAACUCGUUGGCAAUAUAUUGAAGAAUGAACUGAUGAUAAAUGACUGCACUGCUAAGAACGGUGCAAACGGUGCAGUGUUGCGUUCACCGUUGCCAGUAGGCAUGAACAAUAACAAUGAUACAGCUAUAACAGACCAAAACAAUACAUUUCAUGACUUCUCUGAUGAGGAGUGCAAGCUCUCGGGGGAUGUGUCUGCUGCGUCUAACGAGGUUUCUGAUGAAGAAGAAUGUUCAGACAAUUUGGAAGGAAAAGAUACCAAUAAAUCUAAAAAUGGCAAGAAGGCUGGUACAAAAAAGAAGACAAGUGAACAACAUAUCAAAUUAAAAAAUGGAGUGGUGUUGUCUUUAGCUAAUUUUGAAUGUGAUCAUUGUAAGAAGACGUUCAACAAGAAGGCUGCAUUACGCAGCCACAUGUACACACAUCUUGGUAUAAAGCAGUUUCGAUGUCCGCAUUGCCCACGUUUGUUUAAGAGACGCACCAACUUACACAGUCACAUCGACCGCACUCACAAAGCUCUUGCAGAUGAUCCAGACAUUUAUGUUUGUAAUUACUGUGAUAAACCGUUCCUUGAUAAAGAAACUUUGAAGGAACAUCUUGCGUCUCACAGUCAAAGUGAAAAUCCUUUUAAAUGUAUUUACUGUAACAAAGUUUUUGCCUAUCACACUCUGUUGAUGCAGCAUGAGAGGAAACAUAUGGUGGGAGGCCGCCACGAGUGCACUCUCUGCAGCAUGUCGUACCGCUGUCGCAAUCGCCUCUACAUGCAUGUCAAAAGCCAUUUGAAAAUCAAAGAUUUUGUAUGCCAGUAUUGUGGCAAGGACUUUUUAAGACAGAAUUCACUUACAAGACAUGUUGAGGUCAACCACGGUGGACAUAGGAUUGUGUGUCCGAUCUGUAAAAAGAACUUGAAGGGGCACUUAACUGAGCAUAUGCGGACUCAUGAGAAGAAGCGUCCGCAUGUGUGUCCGGAGUGUGGACAGCGGUUCACUCAGUCCACACAGAUGAACGUUCACCGUCGCUCGCACACCGGCGCGAGGCCGUACCCUUGUCGCAUAUGCAAGCGUCUCUUCUCUCACUCCAACGCUCUUAUGCUGCAUAUUCGUCGUCACACAGGCGAGAAGCCAUUCCCAUGUGCCAUGUGUCCUAUGUCUUUCUCUCAGUUGCCGCACAUGAAAACCCACAUGAGGAAAAUACACGGCAAGGAGAACCCGUACAAGUGUGCUAAGUGUAACUCCUUCUACAAGCUCAAGGCACAGCUUGAUGUCCACGAGAAGACAUGCACAGCAGGAACGGCCGCCAAGCCUGAGCCCAAAGGUAAAAAGAAGAAGUCCAUCAAAGGUGAUGACGAGAUAGAAGUGGAGGCGUCCAUGUCUCUCUCCCGCAUGAGGUUCCUGCUCGCACUCCUCCUCACGAUGAUCGCUACCAAAGAAAAGCUCAAAUACUUAGGUUUCAACAAAAGGCUGGUGGAUGAAAUCCUUAUAGAGUCGUUGGAGGCUAUGAGUCAGACUCCUUGCAAGGACGAGUCUCUCCCGCCUGUCAAGCGCCUUCGCAAGAACAUAGAAAUGCUCCUAAUAGGGACCGUACCCAAAGACCAGAUGGAAAAUUUCAAGAAAGAGAACAAGUCUACGGAAGAUAUCUUGGAACUGUUGACGAAUGAGAAAGAGAAAUGAAGUCAGAGUAAAUUUAUGUGGUAAGCGACAUAUGGGUUUUCUAUCCUACGUUUGAUAUGUCUUGUCCAGUCCGAAGUUAGCUGUUUGUUGCGCAGUAGACUAAUUUGUUCAAAAAAAUCUACUUCGCAGCCAAAAAGCUAACUUCAGAUUUGUAAGCCAAGCCAAGAUUCGUGUGACUAUUUAUUUAUAGUUGAGGUGGGUCACGAAAAUCGCGUGUAAAAAAUGUUUAAACGACAAAGAAUGCGAUAAAGGUUUUUAAACGUCGACUAAAGAAGGUACCUUUAAACAUGUAAUAGUAUCGCGUUCAAGUCCCGAUCAUUUAUAAAUAUAAAAAAUGUAGCCCUAUUGUUUGUUUUAAAGGAUAAGCGACAAAAAAUGUGACCCUUUCGUUCAUUUGUUAUUCUUAAACAAAGUUGCACGUGUUAAAAGUUUCAUUAUUCGUCAUCACGUGUGUAGCCGUUUUAGGAAUGCCUCGCCUUUUAGUCUGACACAUCUGGCUAAAUAAGGGACAUGCUUUGGUUCAAGAUAGGUGCAUGGAAAUUACUUUAAAAAUAAAGGCAAUAUUUUUUACAGCUUUUGACGCAAAUUUUUAAUUAUACAUAGGUGCAGUGUCUAAAAAUAAUAUCGAAUGUGCGUUUCCGUGUUGUAUUUCACGAAAGCAGGGGCCCGAUUCUCCUAAGUUAAUAAUGUCAAAAUCGAAUAGAAAUCGAAUCGCAAUAUGAUCAUAAUAGCAGUUUUAACCAUAUCGGGCAUUCUGCUACUAAUAA